AUGCCUAGAACAUCAUUUAAAUUAUAUUCAUAUUGUGAUGAAAUAAUUCAAACUGAUAGUGAAAAUAAAAAUUUGGAAGAGGCAGAUGAUGAAUAUAAAAUGGCCUAUUUUUAUUGUCGGCUUGGAAUGUUUUUGUCUGCUACUAAUUAUUUAUUAGAAAAAAUUAUUGAAAAUGAUGAUAUAAUAAAAGCAAUAAAUGGAAGCAUUAAAGGGAUUGAAUUUACAAGAAAAGAAUUUUCUCAAAGAUUUAAUAAUUCGAAAAAUCAUUUGACACCCAUUGUUGAAGAAAUGAGAAAAAUUCUUUUAGAAGAUGAAAAGCUUAAAUUUAAAGAUUUAAAGGUAUAA